AUGGGACCAUUCUCAUCUUCUUGUGGUGAUUUGUACAUAUUGCUUGCUAUGGAUUAUAUAUCCAAGUGGGUGGAGGCAAUUGCAACAUCAAAGAAUGAUCCCAAAAUCGUGCUUAAGUUUUUACACAAGAAUAUAUUUACACGGUUUAGAGUGCCUGGAGACAUCAUUAACGAUGAUGGAAUCCACUUUGAUAACAAGUUGAUUAACAAGGCAUUGAGGAGAUAUGGAUUUCGUCACAAGAUUGCCACGACAUACAUUCCACAAACGAAUAGCCAAGCUAAAAUAUCUAACCGCGAGAUAAAGCUAAUCUUAGAAAAAGUGGUGAAUCCGAGGCGAAAGGAUUGGUCACCAAAGUUAGAUGAGGCACUCUGGGCAUAUAGAUCAGCUUUUAAGACUCCUCUAGUGUCGGGCAUCACAAGAGCACAACUGCCUAUUCUGUUGGGAUUGGUUAACCCCAAAUCCAAGGCAGCCAAUACUGAGGAGUCCGAGGAAGAUAAACCUUAUGAUGUCAAGAAUUUCUUGGGUUUCCCGGAUGAAAUUCUACCGACAUUUGACAAUAUCGAGGAAACUUCUGAGCCUGAUAACGCCAAUCCUGCUGAUAAUGAGCCUGUGCCAUACCUCACAGCCUAUCCCCCAUCUCAUAUUGUUCCUGAUGAGCCAUCCCAUGCAACCCAAUCCAGAUGA